CUUCUCCUCCUGCAGCCCCGGGAGGAGCAGGGCGCCAGGGGCCGGAGCAGCAGCGGCCGCGGCCAGGAGCCUGGGUGGCGGGAGAGGACGCACCCGCCCACGGCCACACUGAGGACCCUGGGCUCCCUCCCACCCAGGCCCAGCCUGCGGGCCCACCUCUGCCGUCAGCUCCGACGCCCUGGGCGCUGAGCCGGCUCCUGGCCCCGCUCUCCCAUCAGCUCUGGGCCGGAGGGAAAGUUUGUCAACAUGCCGAUCGCACAGCUGCUGGAGCUAUGGAAGAAGAUCGAGGUGGAGCCCAUGGAGAUCGAGACCCCCGAGGAGGACAUGGACCUGGACUCCGCGCCCGCCACGGAUGCAGACGCCGCCGAGGAAGAAGGCCAGCGUGACGCCGCCUCGCGGGAGCCGCCGGCCGCGCCUGCCCAGGAGGAGGGCGUGGUCAAGGAGAUCGACAUCAGCCACCACGUGAAGGACGGCUGCGAGAAGGCCGACCCCUCCCAGUUUGAGCUGCUGAAGGUCUUGGGACAAGGCUCCUACGGGAAGGUGUUUCUGGUGCGCAAGGCCGUGGGGCCGGAUGCCGGGCAGCUGUACGCCAUGAAGGUGCUGAAGAAGGCCACGCUGAAAGUUCGGGACCGCGUCAGGUCGAAGAUGGAGAGAGACAUCUUGGCAGAGGUGAACCACCCCUUCAUCGUGAAGCUGCACUACGCCUUCCAGACAGAGGGGAAGCUCUACCUGAUCCUGGACUUCCUGCGCGGAGGGGACCUCUUUACCCGGCUCUCCAAGGAGCUCGGCUCGCCCGCUCUCUGCUCGCAGGUGAUGUUCACGGAGGAGGACGUCAAGUUCUACCUGGCGGAGCUGGCCCUGGCGCUGGACCACCUGCAUGGCCUGGGCAUCAUCUACAGGGACCUGAAGCCCGAGAACAUCCUCCUGGACGAAGAGGGUCAUAUCAAGGUCACAGACUUCGGGCUGAGCAAGGAGGCCAUCGACCACGACACACGCGCCUACUCGUUCUGCGGGACCAUCGAGUACAUGGCGCCCGAGGUGGUGAACCGGCGGGGCCACACGCAGAGCGCUGACUGGUGGUCCUUCGGAGUGCUCAUGUUCGAGAUGCUCACGGGGUCCCUGCCGUUCCAGGGCAAGGACAGGAAGGAGACCAUGGGCCUCAUCCUCAAGGCCAAGCUGGGCAUGCCCCAGUUCCUCAGCGUCGAGGCGCAGAGCCUGCUGCGAGCGCUCUUCAAGCGGAACCCGUGCAACCGGCUGGGUGCGGGCAGCGACGGCGUGGAGGAGAUCAAGCGUCACCCGUUCUUCGUCAUCAUAGACUGGAACAAGCUGUACCGGAAGGACAUCAAGCCGCCCUUCAAGCCCGCGGUGGGCCGGCCCGAGGACACCUUCCACUUCGACCCCGAGUUCACAGCCCGGACGCCCACGGACUCGCCGGGCGUGCCCCCGAGUGCCAACUCGCACCAACUGUUCAGAGGCUUCAGUUUCGUGGCCUCCAACCUGGUCCAGGAGCCCCCGCAGCAGGACCCGCACAGAGCGGCCAUUCACCCCAUCGUGCAGCAGCUGCACGGGGACAACGUCCACUUCUCUGAUGGCUACGAGGUCAAGGAGGACAUCGGGGUGGGCUCCUACUCCGUGUGCAAGCGGUGCGUGCAUAGAGCCACGGACGCCGAGUACGCUGUGAAGAUCAUCGACAAGAGCAGGAGGGACCCCUCGGAGGAGAUCGAGAUCCUGCUGCGGUAUGGCCAGCACCCCAACAUCAUCACCCUCAAGGACGUCUACGACGAGGGGCAGUUCGUGUACCUGGUGACGGAGCUGAUGCGCGGUGGGGAGCUGCUGGACCGUAUCCUGCGGCAGCGCUGCUUCUCGGAGCGCGAGGCCAGCGCCGUGCUGUGCACCAUCGCCCGGACCAUGGACUACCUGCACUCGCAGGGGGUCGUGCACCGGGACCUGAAGCCAAGCAACAUCCUGUACGUGGACGAAUCCGGGAACCCCGAGUCCAUCCGUAUCUGCGACUUCGGGUUCGCCAAGCAGCUGCGCGCCGAGAACGGGCUGCUGAUGACGCCCUGCUACACGGCCAACUUCGUGGCCCCCGAGGUCCUGAAGCGACAAGGCUAUGACGCGGCGUGCGACAUCUGGAGCCUGGGCAUCCUGCUGUACACCAUGCUGGCGGGAUUCACGCCUUUUGCUAACGGGCCGGACGACACCCCAGAGGAGAUCCUCGCGCGGAUCGGCAGUGGGAAGUACGCGCUGUCCGGGGGCAACUGGGACUCGGUCUCGGAGGCGGCCAAGGACGUGGUGUCCCAGAUGCUGCACGUGGACCCGCAGCAGCGCCUGACGGCGCUUCAGGUCCUCAAACACCCGUGGGUGGUGAACCGAGAGCACCUGCCCCAGAGCCAGCUCAGCCGGCAGGACGUCCACCUGGUGAAGGGCGCCAUGGCCGCCACCUACCUUGCCCUCCACAGGACGCCCCAGGCCCCGCGGCUGGAGCCCGUGCUGUCGUCCGGCCUGGCCCAGCGCAGGGGCAUGAAGAGACUCACGUCCACGCGGCUGUAGCCAGCAGGACCCAACGCCUGGCUGCGGGCACCAGCCUGGGACCUGGGCAUGGGUGCUGCUUGAGCGACCACGGGCGCCUUCGCUGGGCCCGCGUUUCCCCUUCAGCCUGAGAGGGUCCAAGGGCGCCCUCCCCACACCUCGCUCUGCCGCCCCCUUCCCCGGCGGCCGCAGGGACUCCUGUCGCCACUGCACGCGAAGGCCUUCCCCACCCCAGCACCUGCUUACCCGGCGGAUCUGCCACAUGAGGGCCAUGGUCAGGCAGGAGGAAGCGGGCAUGGCAGCGCCUCCCUGGAGGGGCCAGCUGCGAGGGCCCCGGAUGCCGGCGGCUGAAGGUGACAGAGGGCAUGGGCACAGGAGCAGAGCCCUGCCCCUGACUAUGACCUACGUCUUGAUGGCCUCGUCUCGCUUCCCUAUGUGUGUGAUGAGGUCCGGGCUGUGUCCUCGCAGCAGAUCUGAGCGGGAGGCACCCCCAGAACCGCCUGCGCUCGGCCUUGGUGCCCCCUUGGUGCCCAGAAGGAGCCAGCAGGCGCCCGUGCAGCCCGCCCCGGCUCUGGAUGGCAGCGGCCCCGGGCCUGGGCGUCCCGCGGGCUGAGGGCCUGGCUUGGUCGGCUUGCUCCCUCCCCUGUCCCGGAGACACUGUGACCUGGGGACCCUGACCUCGGGCCUCUGUCGCCCACUGGGGUCGGGGGCACGCCCGGGGCUGCGUCCACACGGGAAGCCCUUUGUGGAAGCGGAGCUGUGUGAGCUGCGCCUGCUGCAGGGUCUGUCCUCGGCCAGUGAGUCCGUGUGUCCCGGGUGCACGCGGGUGCUCAGGCUGCGCCCCUUCGUUAAUAAAAUCCUGACGGCUCCACCCGGGGCUGGAGGAGGCAGCGCCUGGGUCCUCAUCUCCUCCAGCUCGUGCCCAACCGGGGAGCCACCCCCGCUGGGCGGAGGAGGAUUGUCACUUGUCUGUCCCUCUGUCCGUCCCUCUGUGCUUAGGCCAGGCUACAGGAUCGACUGUUGGGCACAGCCAGGUUUUCCCUAAAAAGACGAUAUUUUAUUGUUUCUUUUGUCCUUCAAUCUCAACUCCAGUACCACACACACACACACACACGUGCAUGCACACGCACACACACACACAGGCACAGACACACACACACACGCACGUGCACGCACAGGGGCCGCUGCUGGAAAGCGCCUCCCGCGUGGGCUGUGGCCUCAGACCCAGCAGGUGAACGGGGGUCCACACAGCGCUUUCUCUCCGCACAGCAGACGGAGGCGGGAUGGAGGCGCCGGUUCCCGCAGAGCCCACUGGCCUUGCUGUUUUCUCAGUGGAAAGCGCUCCCCUGGCUCCGUGACUCCCGCCGCCCGUCUGCUUGGGUCUGAGUUGCUUUACUUAUUACCAGAAACGGGGAACCAGGGCGCCUGCAGGUCCUGGGUUCACCCUCCUAGAAACCCGCCCAAGUCAUGCGUCCUGUUUGCCGGGGCCCCAGCUGCCCAUCGCGCCCUUGGCUGGGUGUCUGGGGGGCGGGGGAGGAGAGGGUUUUGGGGGGGUGCUGAGCGCUGCCGGGGACCCAGAGCUGAGAGCCCUGAGCAGGGAGCAGAGCGAGGACCCCUCCCUCCCCAGCGAGGAGUCCCUGAGAAGAGACGAUGCCACACUGGAAACCGAGCUUCCCCAAGUCUUAGGUGACAGGGCGGGGGCCGCACCCUCGGUGGGAAUGACGGGGUCUGAGAGUUCACACGCUUGCGCGGGGCUCCCCGAACCUGGCGCCCGGGAAGGCUCCCCAGGAUUCGCACAGACGGCAGGAAGUCACAGCCCUGCUCACACCUCGGACCGCACCCCCGGUCAGACACCCGGACUCUGUC